ACCAAUGAACCUUCGGACUAUCGAGACGCCCCCCCAGAUUCAAUCGAUUGAUAUGAGUGCUGCUUCUCUUCGUACCUCUCGAAAUUGCGUUUGAAACUCUUCACAAGCAGGAGAUUAGAAAAAUUUCCCUUUUCCUCUUGUGGAAAAACCCAGUGGGAAAAACCCUGGUUAAACAACGUUAUUGUUGCUUUUGGUCUGCGAAACAACACGCAAGAACCUAUAAAUAUAACUCAGAUGACUGAAAAGUUAACUUAAGCAUUAAUUAAGUUAUUGAUAUCUGAGAUGUAACGGCAAUACCUGGGAUAGCUGGCCUAAGAAAAAUGAGUCUUGAAGAACAAUUUUGUCGGAUCGAUCAGGAGCAAGACCACAGAGCUAGUGGAGAAAUGCAUACUGCUAGAGACACUAGUCAAGAUGCUGUUGAACAGCAAACAUACAUCGAUGACAUAUCUGUACAGGAAUAUGAAAUCCCUGCACAAUUAAAAGCACCACAAUACGAUUAUGUAUUGUUUUUCUGUCAGAAGGAUAGAGAAAAGGCACUUGCAUAUCAUGAGGAACUGCAAACUUUGGCAGAAAGUAAUGGCUUCAAAUUAAGAGGAUGUACAUAUGAUGACCACAAUGAGUUCCCAUGGAUACAAGCAGAGUGGCAGUGUGCUGAGGAAGCAAUUAAGCGAAGCACUUACAUGCUGUUCUACAUGACUGCUAACUGUGAAGAAGAGCAAACAGACAAGAUAUUUGAAACACACGUAAAUGAAGCCCUGACAAAAUCUCUCAAAGAUGAAACAAAACGCUGGGGCUUUAUUCCAGUCUUCACCAAACCUAAAGAUGAUUUUCAGUACAUUCCAUAUGGCUUGAGUAGUCUCAAAGGUCUCGUGCCAGAUGACCCAUACUACAAAAGACAAGUCAAAUCAUUAUUUACAUGUGAUGCAUGUAGAGACAAGAAGAUAAGGCGAGAAGUGGACCAGGAGAAUAAGAAGCAUCAAUGGAUACAGAAACGGAAAAAGCAAAAACAAGAGGAGAUGAGAAGGGAUAGAAAUGCAGGGGUUGCAGAUGUUGAAGAGUUCAGUAAACAGAAUGGUCAGCCAUUAGAAAUUGGAGCAGGUGCUGCUGCUGCUCAUCACUCACAGCCACCUAAAGUUUACAAUAUUAACAUUGUAAACUCUUCCAACAUUCAUGUUGGAGAUAAGAACAUUUACACUUUAAGUCCAGUGGUAGGCCAGAAAGAGGACUGCAACACUUCAAAUAAUUAUUUACAAGAUGCUGGAGCAGAUGAAAUGGUUGAGGGAGAACAAUUAGAAAACACUGAAGAAGAUGCAAAAUUGUAUCAAAGUAGUGAUGUUCCACUUGGAGAAGACAAGUUGCAAGCAAGAGAAAGUGGAGAUGGUAUGGAAAUGGCUGAUGUUGAUGCCGACUGUACAGAAAAUGAGAGCAAACUUGUCCAUCUUAAAGAGGAUCUUAUCAGUACCUGCACCACAUUAUGACAAUCCUUGAAAUGGGAGGCAGGAUUAAAAUAAAGCUUUUUGAGUAUUUUAUUGCAUCAAAUAGACUUAGGGCGUAUUCCCAGAGCUUUUAAAUCGAUCUAUCCCCGCAGGGAGUCUCACUAGAUUACUGUCAGAUAA